AUGGAGGAGGAACCGUCGGCGUCUUCGCGCGGGCGCUGGCUCGCUCGACGCCGCACGUCCCGGGGCGACAGCGGGGGCAGCCGGGGCGACAGCAGCCCUCCGCUAACCGCACUGGCGUCGCUGCUGCUCAGUUCCCAGCCGCCUGUGAGCAUGACAGACGCUCGUGUGCUCGCCAUCUCCCGUGGAACGUCGGUGGGCGACGAUGACGAUCCCACAGACGCUUCGCCCAACGUGUACAAGUUCAACGUAGCGCAGUACAAGGACGGCUCGUUCCGCUUCGUUCCAGCUUGUGCACGUGACCUCAUUAAGUAUACAGGACGUCUGCUGCACCACGGCGCCCAGUCUGCGCGGAAGACCAAAAUCAAUACAGUGCAGUUCGACUGGCCCGCUGUUGCCUUCCAGAUCUCAGUGCGAGGCACCAGCAGCGUCGCGAUCCGUCUCAAAGGAGAUGUUAUCAAAAGUGACUGA